CAUAACUCGUUGAAGUAGUUUUGAAGAGCUUUGUCGCUUGUAUCUCUCAUGUUAUAAUUGCGCUUAAUAUGUUGAAUUACAUUUCCUUUUUUAUUUUCAUGAGGAUUGUUUUUAUGUUACCAUACCCAAGUUUCGAAUGUGAUCCGAUUUUAUGGAAUAUAUUUAUUUAAACAUAGAUUGUGGGACAGGACAUUUCAAUACGAUCUUCAGUGUCUUGAACUAGCAAAACAAAAGUUACCGAAACAUGAUUACGAAUGCAAGAAAAGUCUGAAAGAAAUUUUGAAGAUUGUACAGAAAAAGAUAAAUCCUCUUCUCACUGUCUAAAGAGUCAUCGUAUUGCAGCUUCUCCUUCCAAAGGUAUUAUAUCUCCUCCUCCUGGUGACCAUUUGGAAUCUCCUGCAACAAAUAAUAUUAUAACUUCUGCACCUUUUAGUACAAUGUCAGCAUUUAAGAAAGAGACAAGUGAUGACAAAUAUACUGGGACAGACAAACGUACAGACAAGGAGGAGGCUGGAAUUGAAGAGAAGAACGUUGAGGAUGAAUGGAUGACAACUAAAGAACUUGAAGAAUUUAGAAAAACGACACUUGAUUAUCUUAGAGACACCGCAGAAGAAGUAGUUGCACUACAGACUCGCCACCAAAAUGGAGGAGCAUUUGUUAAUGAGAUUUAUGAUGCCGCUAUAGUAUUUAACGCAGCUUUUUUUCAGUUGAAAACAACAAGUCGAGAAAAUAUAUACAAAUACCGGAAAGACAUAGCAGAAUUAAUGAUGGAAACUAAAUAUUUCAAAUUGAGCUGUGAAAUUGUUAUGUAUACAUACAUGAACGGGUGGCGUAAUGAAGAAGGAAAGGAGGAAAAAAGUAAGACUGUUCCUUUAAUAUGUAGCCUUCAAACCCUAGGUAACUUCAGUGAUGGCUGUGAUGAGUACACAAUUGGCCUUGCAAAUGAGCCUGGAUUUAUUGAUAUACUUAUUCAAGUAUUAAGAGAUUCACUGCCAAAAUAUUUUGCAAAGGAAGGAGAACGGAAACUUGUGGGAAUCGAAGAAAAGCUAAUGAAUUUUUCUCUGACAAUUGUUCACAAUAUGUCCAUGAGAGAAAACAAUAUUUCAAAUAUACGUAAUGCUGGGAUGAUCUCGUGUUUGAAACCUUAUCUCAAGUCACCAAACACAGAAUAUGCAUUGACAGCAUUGGCAAGUUUGGCAGGUGUAAUCAAUGAAGAAGAAAGUGAUGUCAUCAAAAGUAACAAAGAGAUUGUAAUGAUCUUGUUGGACUGUAUCAAGGAAGGGAUGAAAGAUAAAAUGCGAGAAUGUAGAGGAUGGUCAUGUCAAGAAUCUGUUUUCAUUGUCAAGUUAUUGGCAAGAAAUGAUACUAAUACGAAGACAUUGGUAGAUCUUGGAGUCCUUGAAUUACUUGUAGAGAUGGCCAGAAUUGGCGAUGAAGGUGAACAGUAUGAAAGUGUUUCUGCGCUAUGGGCGCUGUGUUUUGACGCAGAUAACCAGUUACUCAUCACAGGAAAACCGGAGCUUGGGGUUGUUGAUGUACUCGUAGAUUUGAAAUCGUCGGAAAAUGAGAAAAUUAAGAAUGCAUGCAAUGGUGCAUUAUGGACACUCAGAGAUGCAUUAAAGAAAACAGUUGUUGAAAAAUACAAGAAUGUAGUUGAACAGUUUGAUAACAAAGAUAAAGCAGGGAAAUUACAAAAGAAGAAAAGGACCACAUUGGAAGAGGAGAAGUCAUCAUCUAGAGGUCAUGUGAUGAUUUCUUACCAAUGGGCAGACCAGCAGGUACUUAAAAAUGUACGAGACAACAUCAAAGCAAGGGGAUAUAAGGUUUGGAUGGAUAUUGACCAGAUGGGAGGAUCCACACUUCAAGCUAUGGCAGAGGCUGUGGAAGGUGCUGAUGUGUUCCUAAUUUGUAUGUCCAACAAGUACAAGCAUAGUCCUGCUUGCAGGGCAGAGGCAGAAUACGCAUUUCAACUACGCAAAAAGGUUAUUCCAUUAAAAAUGGAGAGAGGGUACACUCCUGAUGGAUGGCUCGGCUUGAUAGUGGGCGCCAAAUUGUACUUCGAGUUUAGUCCAAAGUAUCCAUUUGAAGACAAGAUGAAGGCCUUGCUUAAGGAGAUAGUUGGUGUACUAGGAGAAUCACGUGAUGUUCCUGAUGCAGGGGAGAUUAUCAAACCUCAGGUUGCUUCUGUGACAGGGGCUACAGGUGCCCAUUCUAUCGAUCAUGCAGACACAUCUUCUUAUGCGAGUAAUACAAUUGCUAAGAUAUCAGUUACUAAGACAACCAUUGAUAAUGUGAGAAAAUGGACGGCAGACGAUGUUAAACAAUGGAUUUACAAGAACGGGCUGGAGAAGUGUGGAGUCAGCAGUUUAACAGGCGGAGAUAUCGCACUCCUGGCUAGCAUGCGUGUAGAAUGUCCCGAUUUCUUUUACAAGUGCCUCAAAGAUAUGCUCAAGGUUAAGAAGUUGUCAACAAUGUCAAAAAUAGUUUGGGCUUUACAUGAUUUAUCUUAGAUUUAACAUGGGCUUACAUAUUCAGUUAAAUCAUUUUUAAUCCUUUUACUGUCAGACCUUUAGUUAUUAAGUUAUUAUGUCUUUGCCCAGGAAGUUUUCUAAAAAAAUAGCUUAACCUUUUAUCAUGUUUAAACUAUAUAUUAAAGAUUGUGUUAAAGAGUUUUACAAUCAUUAUCUCUUUCUGUAUAAAACUGCAUUGUACACAUUUGUAACCUCAAUUUUCAUUAGAUAAUCAUUUAUGUUUAUAUAUCUAUAUUCAUGAUUUGUGUAAAUUUAUUGACUUUUUUCUAUUUUAUUAAAACAGUAAUUUUGUAGUAUAGUAAAUUGGUCAAAAGAAUUUUGCCAUAUCAAAUAACAAUUUAUAAAGAGGUUUCACAUUCUAAACGGCUCAUUAUAAAAUGUCAUUUUUAACAUUGAACCCCAAGCUAAUCUUUGACUACUAAAAUAUUGACAUGGAUCUAAGGUAAUGUAUAUAUUAUAGCAUUUUCUCCAUACGUUCAAAAAUGUUCAAAUAUAUCAGAUAAUAAAAAUUUGCGGGCUUUUAGAUACAAAUCAUGAUAAAUAUUAUCCUAUUGUUUUCAAUCCGAAUUCUUUCAAAACUUUUGUGCAUGUUCAUUUUUGUUAUCGCUAAUGCCAGGUUAAUAACUAGGUAAAAAAUGGAUCAGAAAUAUAUUUAAAUUCUGGUACAUUUUAAGCUAAAACAUCUUAUACCGAGACAUUAAUUGAAAAGAAUAAAUGAAGAAUAAAUCAGAAGUAUUUAAUGCCAUAUAUUGCUUCAUAUCAUCCGAAACAACCCUUAUUUUUCUAUGGAAUUUUCCUUUUUGCUAAAUAACAAAAUGACUGUCAUAACCUCAACAUUUUUAAAGAUUACUGGAAUAUUCUUUGUAAAUUGAAAAUUGAUAUUACUUAAUGAAUGAACACUACUCCGGUAAUAUUCCUGUAAUAUUCCUGUUAUCUUAUGAAUUACCAUGUCCGCAAUAAUUAUUAUCAGGAAUAGUUAAACCUAUUUUAGGUAAAAGAUGAAGAAUGCUUUUAAGAGUAUCGAAUCUACGUCUAGUACUUUUUACAAAUUUUACUUUCAGUUGACCACGAGAAGUAUCAGCACCUUUUAUUAAUUAUAUUUAAUUUUUGAGGAUUUAAACGUAAUUUGUAAAUUUGCUUUUCUUUUAAACAUUUUGUUUUAUUUGAUUUCGUUUAUAUUAUGUAAAUUUAAAAUAAGGUCACUUGAAAUCGCUAACGUUAGACUAUCGCUGUGCAAUUGCAUUAAAUAUGAUCCUUUCGACAAUUCACCGUUGUAAGUUGAAACCAAUAUGAAAGAUAGCUUAAAUAUUCAAGCAGUAUACACAUAUUUCUUUAGAAAGCCAUUUUAAUUAAAUAAAUGAGUGAAUAAAAAUAUUUUUCAUUUUUAAGCAUUAAAGGACGGAUUUCAAGCUUUGUAUAUAUUGGAAUUGUUCAAUUCGGACAAAAAUUGGCCAUUGUUCAGUGUUCAAGUAGUAUAUAUAUUUAUCACACACCCGUGCCAACUUUGCGACUCCGUAAAUAUGGUAUUGCACGGCCUUGCAUAUAUUUUGACGUGCCGUCAUUAGCAUUAUGCAAACAUAGUGAAAAGACGCGCUAAAUGUUAGCGUUAAACUUAGGCGCGUCACUUAUAUCACUUUAAACGGUCUUUAUUUUGGGUAUGUGAUAAAAAUAAUAUUAAAUUCGUGUAAGUUCAUUACUGAAUUUAUUGCACUCGUUGAAUAAAAUAAUAUUAUGCUCGCCACAGACUGGCAUAAUAUACAUUAUUCAACUCGUGCAAUAAAUUCAGUAUUGAACUUACACUCAUUCAAUAUCCUCUAUACAUAGUAUAUAUAAUAUAAUAACCUUUUGGUAAAGGUGAACAACCUGUUGUUAAGUAGUGUGUUAUUAAAUGCUCUGUCACAUUUCAUGUUAUUAUAGGCUCUAUCACAUUGUCUGUAAUUGCAUGCUAAAUGACAUUGUCUGUUAUUACAUGCUCUAUUACUUCAUCUUUAAUUACAUGAUUUAUCACAAUGCAUGUUAUUACAUGCCCUUUUAUUUUGUCUUCAAUGACAUGCUCUAUCACAUUGCAUGUCAUUACAUCUGUAUCGCAUUGUCUGUAUAACCUCUAUCAUAAUGUCUGUUAUAACAUGCUUAAUUAAUUUGUCUUUAUUACAUGCUGCAUCACAUUACAUGUUAUCACUACUCUAUCAUUUUUUUCUGUUAUAAUACGCACUAUCAUUUUGUCUGUUUUUUUUUAUGUUUGAUCACAGUGUUUGUAAUUUCAUGUCUGGUAUAAUAUGUUAAUCACUUUGAUUGUUAAUACAUGCUUUAUCUUAUUGUCUGUUAUUAAAUGCUCUUUCCCAUGUCUGUUAUUGCAUCCUCUUUUAUAUUGUCUGUUACUACACGCUCUGCUAUUUUCUGCUAAUAUUUGCUCUUUCCAAUAUUUUACUAUUUCUAUCACAUUGUCUGUUAUUACAAUCAUACCCUUUUAUUUUUUCUGUUAUUACAUGUUUUAACUCAUUGUCUCUUAAUACAUGCCGGCCAACUUUAGUUAGACCUGCCUCAUUUGAGACUUACAAGCCCUAUGAUAGAUAAAUAUAUAAACAUGUACAUUUAUUAUAUACUUAUAAAUGAAAUAUUGAGAAAUAUUGAUGAAAUAAAAUGUGUAUUUUCAUUUGCCGUAUUUUCACUGUGAAAAUUUAUUUUUCACUGCAGUGAAACAUAUUUUCCGUAUUUUCACUGGUUUGUUGCCGAACUACUUUCUUUUAAAUUCUGCCAAUACACAAAAUUUCAGGGAAAGUCUUUCAAAUUUUAAUGUCAAAAAGGAGAAAAAUGUAUAUAAUAAACAGAAAAUUCAAGUUCUUUUAUAAAUACAUGAUUUAUUUUCAUCUUGUGGCAUGAAAAUUACCAUAUUUCACUCGUGGCUACCGCCACUCAUGAAAUAUUAAAUUUCAUACCACUCGAUGAAAAUAAAUCAUGUAUUUAUAGAAAAACUUGAAUAUCCUCUAUGUAUUUGUUUAAGAAAUAAUAUCGGUCUCAGCGGUGUUUAUCCGCUAUUUAACACCGGUUGGAGUUCUGAUGCGUAGGAAUUGACCACGUGGUCUGCAGCACGAUAAAAUAAAGGAAUAUCAAUACUGUUAUAAGAAAUAAUAAGAGAAAACAAGUUAUUUUAUAAAGUUUUAAACAAUAAAAACAUACGUCUUAAAAUGGAUUGUAUUGUGUUUUCACCAGUGCCCAAUUUAUCAUCAUUGUUUGUUUGAAAUGACGUCAGCGUUUAUGAAUGAGUAGUAUACUUAGGAUGACGUCAUUACGCUGUUUACGGAUUCGCGCUGUUUUUUUCAAAAUAGUUAUGUUAUUUACUGAUAUGGAUCAAAUCUGUUGUGUUAGUGUAUAUGAGACUUUAUUUCGGUAUAGUUUGAAAACAAAACAUUACAAGAACUGAAAAUAUAAAAUAAAAAUGCUUUUUAUUGUUGCUGUAACUAUAUAAUCGAGGGAGAAAAAAUAAGAGCGGCAUAUACAAGUAUUCCCUAACAAGUGUUUACUGGCAGUUUAAGACCGUAAUUUCUUCUUCUUUGUCUAUAGUGACAAAGUCACGAGGAGUGUUAGAAUAUGAUAUUUAUCUAUAACAUUUUAUAUUAUUAUUUAAAGAUCAAUCGAAUGUCAAAUCAUUUUAUUAUUUUGUAAUUUUAUUUUUCAUAAUUAUUAUGCACAUAAUUUGAUACUUAAUAUAUUUGUUUUUACUUUUUUACUAUUUAUUGUACACUGUUACUAUUUAUUGAUUUUUUUCUAUUUUGUUAGUAAACCUUAUUUUGUGUCAUAUAUAAGUUGUGGAUCAAAACUGCAACAUAAUAUCCCAUAUCAUAGCAAAAUUGGACACAGACUCUCCAAAUAAUAAGAGGAUAUUUUUUCGUUUGAGUGAAAUAUGGCAGCCAUAUUUUUUCACGAAACAUGAUAAAAUGCCACAUAUUUUCACGAGCCGGGACGGCGAGUGAAAAUAUGUUGCAUUUUAUCAUGUUGAGUGAAAAUAUAUACCAUAUUUCACGGAAAACGAAAAAAUUACCUUUUUAUUUAAUUUCAUCAUCAAAGAAAAAUGGUUACGACCCCCCUUGCUUGUUACGCAACUGCAAUUGUACAGCGCGCAGUAAUAUAAUUAUUAUCUUGUUUUGCACGCGAUAUUUAGCGCUACAUUGUGGCGUCACGUAAACAAGUCUUUAAACGUCUGUACAGUGUUAAUGACUGAAUAAAAGAUAUUUGUGUUCGGAUUUAUUUUUUUUAGUUAGACCAUUUUUUAUCAUUCUAGAUAGAUAUCAAUACAAAAUUCAACAAAAAGUUGUUUUGUAUUGAUCAGAUUUUUCAAACAAAACGGCGAAAGAAGUCCCUUAAAAUAAAUAUGAGUUUUGACUCCGCCCACUUUCAUAUUUAUAUUUCAUAUUUUUUUAAAAAAAAUAUGAAAUAUAUUUGACUGAUAUAGCACCAUAUUUCAUGGGUAAAAUUAAAUAAAAUGCUACCAUUAAUUUAAUAUUCAGUUUUUAUGACUAAUUUUGUAGACAAAUAUUAAAGGUAAAUUUUGAGAUUCAACUUUAAGUUUAAAUCUUAAAGUGUAUACAGCUUAGUAUUUGUUCUCAGUCAAUUAUAAUGAUAAUAUAAAUAAAUUUGUCAGCAUACCUUUUGUUUAAGGCUUGUGGGCAUUUGUGAAAUCAUGGCCAAACCUAUUAAUAUAGGAGCAAAAUAUUUUAUUAAGAUUAUUAUUAAUACAGAUGAAGUAGAAUAUAAACAAGUAUUUUAACUGUACACGUACUAUACCCUUGUAUCUGUGUGUGUGUGUGGGGGGGGGGCACUUUUAUCAAACUUCAAUAGAACAGUCAACAGGUUAUUUUUUAGCACUGAUACAUAUUUGGAGGCGUGUGCCUUAAGAUAUAUGUUGAUCCCUAUAUACAUACGCAAACAUGUAUGAGUAAUCUAUUGUGAAUGCAUAAAAGUUGUUUUGUUUUAUUUUCAUUAUUUUAACAAUAAUUAUGAUAAUUUCUGUGGACAGUACUAAGUAUGUGUUAUAGUACAUUUUACAAUAGCUUUUUAUGUUGUUGUUGUUUGUGACAUUUAGCUUAAAGGCACAUUAAACCUCAAAAAUGAAAAUUGUUUAUUCUUAAAAAAGGUCGAACAUAUCUUUAAUAAUGUUUUAAUAAUGGAUUUAGAGCACGCUAGAUGAUAGUUGCAUUUAAUGUGCAGUAAUGUAUCAUUAAUGUAACAAAUGAAGUGUUCUAAAGGGUGGUUACUGCAGCGGGUAUUAUGAAUAGCUGCAUGCUUGGAAUUUGCUUUCGUGCAGAAAAUAUUGAAGUAUAAAAAGUUAUCAAACUAGAUUUCUUUGAUUUAAUUUAAAAAUGUUUAUGUAACAAUUAGAUAUAAAAUAUUAAACACCAUUAAAUUGAUACACAGUAGUAAUGGAAACUUAAACAUCAAUAUAAUUAUAAUCUAUUUCAAAAUGAUACAAUAACAAUUUAUCGUAAUUUUAUGCCACUGGUUUCCCACGUAUAUAAGUACAAUUUUGUUUCAAGUUGUAGUACGGUAUGUACCUUUGCAGAUUUU